AUGGUCCCGGCGGCGGCUCCGGUGGGGUCGGGGAGCGGCGGAGCGGGGCCGGCGGCCGCCGGCGUCCCGGCGCUCAGGGCCCGGCGGGCGGCGGCAUCCCCGGCGGGGCUGCGGGAUGCGCAGGGAUCUGCACGGAGCUCCCCGAGCCCUGAAUUGCACAAAGCAGCAACACCCGGAGGAGGAAGCAGCAGGGAAACACCCGCCCCCAUCCCAAGGCUCAGCCCCUGGGGGGAUUUAAGCCCCCCCAGCCCGAGCAGCCCCAGCGGUGGUGGCAGUUCCCCUCUCUGUGCCACCAUGGUCACCGCUGGGCUCCUCAUCCUCAUCCUGCUCCCAGCUCUGGCUCCAGCAGGCACCCAGGGGAGCCAGAUCAUCGGGGGAAAGGCUGCAGCACCCCAUUCCCGGCCCUUCAUGGCCUCCAUCCAGCUGGACGGGGAGCAUGUCUGCGGGGGCUUCCUGGUGUGGCCCAGGUGGGUGAUGACAGCUGCCCACUGCUUCAUUCCCAGGGGCAGCCCCUCGGUGCGGGUGGUGCUGGGAGCCCAGCGGCCGCAGGAGCCCGAGGAGUCCCAGCAGAUUUUCAGCGUGGUCGAGUCCAUCGCCCACCCGCUGUACACCCCCCGUGCCGCGGACAACGACAUCCGCCUGCUCCGGCUGAACGGGUCGGCCACGCUGAACGAGUUCGUGAAGCGGAUCCGCCUGCCCUGCCCGCACAUCGACCUGAAACCCGGCACCGUCUGCUCCGUCAUGGGCUGGGGGGACACCUCCAACUUUGGAGAGCAGCCCACGGAGCUGAUGGAGACCAACACCACCAUCGUCAAGAGGAGCCUGUGCCGGACGCUGUGGAGGGGCAAGGUCUCUGCCAACAUGCUGUGCGGGGCCAGCCGCAGCGCCAGGCUGCAGGGAGUCUGUUCUGGAGACUCCGGGGGACCCCUGGUCUUCAAGGACAAGGUUCAUGGCAUCGUUUCCUUCUCUGGGGAGAGGUGUGGGGACCGUCGGUUCCCUGAUAUCUACACCAAGAUCUCCAAUUACAUUGACUGGGUGCAUCACGUUGUGCGAGGGUUCCGCCCUCGACAGGGGUGGCUGAAGCCCUAA